AUGUCUGACGCUAUCGUAGAUGCUGCUUCGGCGAUGCAGUCAAAGAACACUGCUAUCGACAUACCAUUUAAAUUCAGCGACAAGGCCGACGCCAGAGCAGAGUAUCGCAAUCGCCUUCUAGCUGAGCAUAACAGCGAUGGUACCUCGUUGGCUCUCAUCAAGCGGGACGAGGCAGUCUUCGCGAAUGCUGAUGAGGAGUUUAACGGGGAAAUAGCAGCAGAAAUUCUCGAACUCCCGAGCGGCACUCGCGUGCUUGAUCUGCAUUCUCAACUUCAGAAAAUAUCAGACGAUUUCAAUGACCUUGUUGAUAAUCUUCUAGAUGAACGCGAAAAGGAUUUCUUUCUGGCGUACCGAACGCAUAUGAAUGCUGUGCAACGUGAGCUGGCCUCGUUGAAAAACUUGUCGGAUUGUAAGGAAACAAGAGCUCGACGCUUGCAAAAGAUACGGGUGUUGGAAAAUGAACUGCAGUGGUUUACUUCUGAGGCCUUGAGGCUCGACGAUAUAUGUACGAAACACCAGAAACGUCUUGACAAAAUGCGUGAUAACGUACAGGAAAUAGAAGAUGAUCGUGUUUUCCUGGAAAGGGAAAUCGCGCUCUCUAGAAAGGAGUUCAAGACAUUAAAAGAAGCAGUUGAUCGAGCACAGGUGAGCAGCAGUGUGAACCAAACCGUUAUGUGA